AUGUUUCCUCUAACUCCACCGGUAGUGAAACGUCUGCUAGGAUGGAAAAAGGGACCCGAAGGGUCGUCUGCGGCUGAGGAUAAAUGGUCCGAGAAGGCAGUCAAGAGUUUAGUAAAGAAAUUAAAGAAGAGCGGUGCUCUUGAAGAGUUAGAAAAAGCAAUUUCAAGUCAGAAUAGUCAUACUAAAUGUGUAACAAUUCCCAGAGUGAAACCCAAUGAGAACGUGUUAAAUGGUCAAUAUCGCAAGGGAUUACCGCAUGUCGUCUACUGCAGGCUGUGGCGUUGGCCGCAGCUACAGAGCCAGCAUGAACUAAAGCCGGUAGACCACUGCGAAUACGCAUACCAGUUAAAAAAAGACGAAGUGUGCAUCAACCCAUACCAUUACAAUAAAAUCGACUCGCCAGCGUUGCCGCCGAUCUUGGUGCCGCGGUGCGCGGACGGGGAGGUGCGGGCACCGCCCCCCUAUACGGACUACCACCACGAUCACCACCAAGUGCACCACGAGCACACGGACGUUGUGAUGCAGCAGGGCGGCGUAGUGGGAGUGGGCGUGGGCGUCGGAGCGCACAGCGCCAUGUAUCUAGAAGCUACGCUAGCCCAGCAAGUGCCCGGAAACACCACUGUGCACGUGAGUUCAUCGACAGUGGAGACCCCUCCGCCCGGCUACAUCAGCGAGGACGGCGAUCCCAUGGACCCUAACGACAACAGGAACCUGACGCGGCUGACGCCGUCCCCGCUGGGGCUGGGUGCGGAAGCUGCGCCGGUGCUUUACCACGAGCCCGCCUUCUGGUGUAGCAUCAGCUACUACGAGCUCAACACGCGCGUCGGGGAGACCUUCCACGCCAGCCAGCCUUCCAUCACCGUCGACGGCUUUACCGACCCCAGCAAUAGUGAAAGAUUUUGCUUGGGUCUCCUGUCCAACGUGAAUAGAAACGAAGUGGUGGAACAAACUCGUCGACAUAUUGGAAAGGGCGUUAGAUUGUAUUAUAUUGGAGGCGAGGUGUUCGCGGAGUGCCUGAGCGACUCGUCGAUAUUCGUGCAGAGCCCCAACUGCAACCAGCGCUAUGGCUGGCACCCCGCCACCGUCUGCAAGAUACCGCCCGGUUGCAAUUUAAAAAUCUUCAACAACCAAGAGUUUGCAGCGCUACUGUCACAGUCGGUGUCUCAAGGGUUUGAGGCGGUGUUCCAGUUAACUCGCAUGUGCACCAUACGAAUGAGCUUCGUUAAGGGAUGGGGCGCUGAGUACAGACGACAGACGGUGACAUCGACUCCAUGCUGGAUCGAGCUGCAUCUAAACGGUCCCCUGCAGUGGCUGGACCGAGUGCUGACGCAGAUGGGCUCCCCGCACGUGCCAUGCUCCUCUAUUUCAUAG